AUGUCCCCAUAUCAGCUGGUGUAUGAUAAAGCUUGUCACUUACCACUGGAGCUAGAACACAAGGCUCUAUGGGCUAUCAAGAUACUAAAUUUUGACAGCAUUGCUGCUGGUGCAAAGAGAAUCUUACAGUUGCAAGAGAUGGAGGAAUUCAGGUCACAAGCCUAUGAAAAUACCAAGAUGUAUAAGGAGAAGGCAAAGAGAAGACAUGACUCACAUCUUGCACCCAGGAGUUUCAAAAGGGGGCAGCGAGUGCUCCUAUACAAUUCCAAACUAAGACUGUUCCCAGGAAAACUCAAAUCAAGGUGGUCCGGACCCUUUCUUGUCACAAAGGUCUCGCCGUAUGGACACGUAGAAGUCAUGGAUGAAGUUUCAGAAAAGACUUUUACAGUGAAUGGACAAAGACUCAAGCAUUAUCUGGGCAACAUGGGGGAAAACCCCAGGAUGAAAUACCAUCUCAAGUAA